AUGUCUGGCUCUCCUCGACCACCACUCCCAGGCGGUGGCAUUGCAGGCAACGGUGCUAACCAUUCGCCACAGUUGGGAAAGCGACCACCUGGGCGAUUGAACAACAAACCAGGUUUGAAUUUGGCGCAGCUUGGUCUUGCACCGAAACCUGAACAGACGCCGUUUGCUAACUUCUCCAAAUAUGUCGAUCCAUCUGGAAAGCUCAACUUUGCCGGAAAAGCGAUUAUUCAUGCCGACGGAGUGGAUUUCAGCAACGGUAGCAGCUUUACAAUCAAAAUGGACGACUUGAAGCUGCUGGAAGAGCUGGGCAAAGGGCAAUACGGCACGGUGCAAAAGGUCUACCAUCGCUUGACCAAUGUCGUUAUGGCCAUGAAGGAAAUUCGAUUGGAACUUGACGAGACCAAGUUACAUCAGAUUCUCAUGGAACUGGAUAUUCUCCACAAGAGCACGAGCGACUACAUUGUCGAAUUCUACGGUGCAUUCUUCAUCGAGUCAUGCGUCUACUACUGCAUGGAGUACAUGGAUGUGGGGUCAUUAGACAAGGUGUAUGGGGAUGGCGUGCCCGAGGAUGUUUUGGCGAAAAUUACAACCUCGAUGGUCAAGGGGUUAAAGUUCCUCAAGGAUGAACUUUCGAUCAUUCAUCGUGAUGUCAAGCCAACCAACGUACUCGUCAACAGCAAAGGACAGGUCAAAUUGUGUGACUUUGGCGUGUCAGGACAACUCGAUAGAUCAUUAGCCAAGACCAACAUUGGGUGCCAGAGCUACAUGGCUCCAGAACGUAUAAAGGCGGCCAACACAUACACGGUGUCAUCAGAUGUCUGGUCACUCGGCUUGUCACUAGUGGAGAUGGCAGGUGGUAAAUACCCGUACAAGUACGAUAACAUGUUUGCGCAGCUCAAGGCGAUCGUAGAUGAAGAGCCACCGACAUUGCCUGACCACUUCUCAGAUGAUGCACGAGACUUCAUUACUGCUUGUCUGCAUAAAGACGGCGACAAGCGACCCACAUAUGCACAGUUGCUCGAGCAUCCAUUUAUUGUAAAAUACCAAGACGUGGAAGUGGACAUGGCCAAAUGGGCAAACGAAGCUCGUGCCGCACGUUUGGCCAAUAAGAACAAGCAUUAG